GAUCCUUCCCUAAAUGUGGGCAGGUGAGGACGGGCCGUGAAAAGCAGCAUGGACCUGGAUGUGCUGAACAUGUUUGUCAUCGCCGGUGGCACCCUGGCCAUCCCCAUCCUGGCUUUUGUGGCCUCCUUCCUCCUUUGGCCCUCAGCACUCAUCCGCAUCUACUACUGGUAUUGGCGCCGAGCCUUGGGUAUGCAGGUUAGAUAUGCAAACUACGAUGACUAUCAGUUUUGUUAUUCCUAUAGAGGGAGACCUGGAUACCGACCGUCCAUCCUGAUGUUACAUGGAUUCUCAGCCCACAAAGACAUGUGGCUGUCUAUAGUCAAGUUCCUGCCGAAGAACCUGCACUUGGUGUGCGUUGACAUGCCUGGGCACGAGGGCACGACCCGCUCAGCCUUGGACGAUUACUCCAUUAGUGGGCAAGCUAAGAGAAUACACCAGUUCGUGGAGUGCAUCAAGCUGAACAGAAGGCCCUUUCAUUUGGUUGGUACUUCCAUGGGGGGGAACGUUGCUGGCGUCUACGCUGCUCAGUACCCAGAAGACAUCUGCAGCCUGACCCUCAUCUGUCCUGCAGGCCUGCCGAGUACCACCGACAGCAAGUUCAUUAAGCAGCUCCGGGAACUGCAAGAGUCCGACCGCAUCGACAGGAUCCCUUUGAUUCCCUCGACGCCCGAGGAGAUGGCAGAUAUGCUGAAGCUUUGCUCCUACGUUCGCUUCAAGGUGCCGCAACAGAUCCUCCAGGGCCUCGUGGACGUUCGCAUCCCACACAAUGAUUUUUACCGAAAACUGUUUUUAGAAAUCGUGGAUGAGAAGUCCAGGCACUCUCUCCAUGAGAACAUGAGCAAGAUCAAAGCGCCAACGCAGGUCAUCUGGGGAAAGCAGGACCAGGUGCUGGAUGUUUCUGGUGCCAGUAUUUUAGCGAGUGCUAUCCCAGACUGCCACGUGUACAUCCUGGAGAACUGCGGGCACUCGGUGGUGGUGGAGCGGCCCCGCAAGACAGCCAAUCUCAUCCUGGAGUUCCUGGCGCUGCUGCACAGCAUAGACAACCACAAGAAGCAGGCGUGAGCGUGGCGGGGAGCCGAGUGCCCAUGCCACGUCUUUUAAAUUGUAAAGUACUGCAGCUUUGAUAAGUUCUCAGGGAUCUUGUAUGAAUUGGAGCGAAUGUGCCAAAGUCCCUGAGGAAGGCAGAAUCAGAUACCUAAACUUAUGGCACCGCCGGCACAGCGACCUAGGGGUCAUUGAGCAACCUCCAUAGAUACAGGAAUGGAAGCAGAAUCUCUCCCUUUUCUACUUAGAGAUAAAGUAGAAAUGAGCGGAAAUCACCAAGCGCUAGCCAUGCUGUGUGCUGAAGCUCCUUACGCAGCCAUCCAUCUUACCUGAGUUACCGGCAAGUAGUUGUUAAUGACAUUUACCUAAACUAUGUAAGAAAGGUAGGAAGGAGGAAGUGUCCUGAACUGAGACUUAAAAUAUUUCUACUACUU